ACUAUGACGAUGGUCUCGCCCCUUUGGUUGUUGCUAUUGUUGGCGUUGCUCUGGGGGCCCUGCGAGGGCAGCGGAGCAGGUGUUAAUUUUCGGUUUGCUUCAUACAUUGGUGAUCACAUGGUGUUGCAGAAAGAACCAGCUGGAGCUGUGGUCUGGGGUUAUGGUGAAGUUGGAGGCAUUGUGCUGGUGACUCUGCACCAAGCUCAGGAAACCAUCAUGAAGAAGAUAGCUUAUGUGAAAGAACAAUCUGAGACCUGGAUCGUGGUACUGGAUCCUAUGAAGCCUGGUGGGCCUUAUAAUAUGAUGGCAAAACACAUCACCAAGAAGAAGAUAUACAACCAGACAAUAUAUGAUGUAUUAUUUGGAGAUAUUUGGCUCUGUAGUGGGCAAAGUAACAUGGAGAUGACCGUUUCUCAGAUUUUUAAUGCUUCUGAGGAGGAGGCAAAGGCUGUUGCCUAUCCAUUUAUCCGCAUCCUCACUGUUGCUCUUGUUGAGGCAAAAGAGGAGCUGGAGGACCUCGCUUCAGUUGAUUUGCCAUGGUCUCUGCCUACCCCAAAAAACUUGGGCCAUGGAAAUUUUACUUAUUAUUCAGCAGUAUGCUGGCUGUUUGGGCGCUAUAUGUAUGAUACUCUGAAGUAUCCUAUUGGGUUGGUCUCCUCCAGCUGGAGUGGAACACCUAUAGAAGCCUGGUCAUCUUGGCGGUCUUUGCAAUCCUGUGGGGUCACAAUGGAAGAAAAACAUCUAUAUAAUGGCCCCACUGACCACUCCAUACUUUGGAAUUCAAUGAUCCAUCCCCUACUCAAUAUGACAUUAAAAGGAGUGGUAUGGUACCAGGGAGAGAGUAAUGCAUACUAUAACACUGAUUUGUAUAACUGCACCUUCCCUGCUCUUAUUGAAGACUGGCGCCAGGCUUUCCACUAUGGCUCUCUGGGACAGACACAGCGACUUUUCCCUUUUGGGUUUGUUCAAUUAUCCUCAGCUACAUCUAAGCAAAAGGAUGAUGGAUUCCCAAGAAUCCGUUGGCAUCAAACAGCUGAUCUUGGUUACGUUCCCAAUGUGAGGAUGCCAAAUACCUUCAUGGCUGUGGCAAUGGACCUCUGUGACAGAGAUUCUCCUUUUGGAAGCAUUCACCCUAGAGAUAAAAGGACUGUGGCCUAUAGGUUGCAUUUGGGGGCCCGUGCUGUAGCCUAUGGAGAAAAGAUGCUUCCAUAUCAGGGUCCACUUCCUGAAAAAACAGAACUCUUGGCUGACAAGAAGUUUCUCAAACUUGAUUAUGACCAGAAAAUCCAGGUGCAGAAGUUAGAUGACAAGAUCUAUGAGAUCUCAUGCUGCAUUGGCCAUCAGUGUGAGUGGAUUCCAGCCCCCAUGGGCAAUUCCUCCUCCCAAACUCUAGCUCUUAAAGUUGAUUCCUGUCAUCAUGGCACUGUGACUGCUCUCCGCUAUGCCUGGAGUACAUGGCCAUGUGAAUACAAACAGUGUCCCAUUUACAAUCCUAGCAGUACCCUACCAGCCCCACCAUUCAUCACAUUCAUUCCGAGUUAAGACUCCUGGUUGUGCUAAAUUUGGGGAGAAAGAAUGAAAAAAAAAAUGGAAUUGGGCUGAAAUGCUGAUUUGAAAUUCCUGUGUUUUUCUACAAUCAUGGGUGAUCCUUUAAGGAGCCAGACAGAUCCAAUGGAUUUGGUAUUCUAGAUAGAAAAGGAUCACUAGCAUUGUUACUUUCUCAUGGAGGUUCUUCACAUUCACAUUGUGAGGAACAUUUUGGGAGGUACUACUCUAAAAUUUAAAAUUUAAAUGCUGUGGGAAAGUCAGUUUGCUUUAAAAAUAAGAUUUAAAGUGAAAUUAACACCCAAUUUGUGUGUAUCUAAAUUUUGGGGGUUUAUGUUUCUAAAGGCAAAUCUUUAAUAUAAAAAUAAAAUUACUUUGGUUA